AUGAUCUCUUACUUGAAGAAUGACAAGAUGUCAGAUGAUAAGUAUCUUAUGAAAGUAAUAGAAGAGAUGCUUUCAAACUUCAAGCUGAGGAAAUUGAAAAAUAACAUUGUGCUUUACUGUGAUCUAGAAUAUGCAGAAGCUCCCUAUCUAGAACCUUCAUUUAGACACAACUUAAUAGCUCAUAUACACAAGGAAUUCAGUCACUUAGAAAGUUCUGAACUCAUAAGUAUACUCAAAUCAAGAGCAUACUGGUCAAGCAUGGCUGAGAACAUUCAGAUGUACACUCAUGAGUGCCUGAAUUAUCAGGUUGUGAAAGAAUCUAAGAAAGGAUUAGAAUGUGAGAAAGUGCAAUAUCAGAUGAAGUUUUCAGAGGUGAUAGAGAAGAUGAUAGUGAAGUUUCUAUAUAAUGAGAUCUAUGUCAACUAUAGAAUGCUGCAUGAGAUUCUAACUGAUAACAGUGCAAACCUUGUAGAAGAAGUAAUGAACAGGAAGAUGAAAUGCUUGAAUGAAAUCUUGAGCAACAUACUGAUGAAAUAUCUAGUGAGCAAGCCUAUGAGAUUAUGA